AAUGUUUGUCGUCAUUUAAUACGAAUUUUCAGGGGCACCUUCAUCUGGCUUCCACUUAUCAUCUCGUCGUGUUUCCUCAAGUAGAGACAUCCCGAGGCAAGAGUAAGAGCUAUACAUCAUCUCCACAAGGCUACAGCAUUUCGAAUCCUUCAAAAAAGCUUUACGGAUUAGCACCCACGACGGUCAGCAGUAGCCGGUUAUUAGGCCACCUCACCUCACCUCACACCACAGUCCUUCACUCAUAUACCUCAUCCAUCAUUCACACAUCCAAGUCUCCGAAUAGAAAUUAGCACAAUGGCUUCGUCCUUAACGGCAAUACCAAACUUUACUGUCCGCCCAGCAAAACUAGCAUCAUCAGACUUCGAUCUCUUUGUCUCUUUCCGCGACUCCCAACUCUCGUGGCUCUCGACCGUGGGCAGCGGCGGCCAAUGGGGCUCACAGCCGAUCCGGAAUACUGACUCCUCCGUCUCUGAACGCACUUCAGCAUGGGUAACUCGCAGCGAGGCAAACUCGCCAUGGGGUCCGGACUGGUGUCGCGCGUUUAUCGCUGAGGUGGACUCUACGCCCGUCGCGGGACUGGUGCUGGAUUCGAAAGCGCCAGCGUACGUUCGGGACGUGGUGCCCGAGCAAGAUGAUGCGGAUCCAUUUGUUUAUCUUGCCUAUCUCAUGACGAAUAGAGACGCAGGAGAAGAGAAGACCAAGGGAAGUGGUGCGGCGCUGAUCAGAUUUGCUAGAGAGACGGUGCGGGAGUUGGGGGUGGGCAGGAUUUGUCUGGAUUGUUGGAGAGGGAAUGGUCGGAAAUUAGUCCAGUGAGUUGAUUUCUUGUUCUGUAUCUUGAACGUAAUUGAGAAAGGCUGUCUCUUUUCGGAGAUGAAGAUGCUGAUAACGAGGAAACAGAUAUUACGAGAAGCAAGGUUUUGUUGUAGUUGG